AUGGGCUCGUACGAUCAACAGCUUAUACCCGACAUAUAUACUUCAAAUUCUACGAUUUCUACCUUCCAACAAACCAAAAUUCCACCUCAACGCCAGAAAAAAAAAAGAGAAGAUAUGAGUAUGAAAUGGCUUUUUCAGCCUAAUAGGCACGCUUCUGAACAGCCCCAGCAAAAUACAAAGCUUCCUACUCAUGAUCAAUUCACGUUUACUUGGACUGUAAGAGAUUAUCAUGAAGUAGCUGAUCUUUAUCCGACAGGUAGAUGGUUCUACAGUGACAGUUUUGUUGAACCAAAUCACCCACAAUCAAAUAAGAUUUCGUCAAUUGGAGACACCUACGCUCCAGAUUAUCUUUGGAGAAUGUGCAUGUAUCCAAAUGGUGUUUCUCAAGCUGACAAGAAUUAUUUGGGCUUGUUUCUCAAAGCUAUUCCAACCGAUCAUGAGAGGGAUGGCAAUUCAUUAGGGAGAGAAAGAACAUAUGCUUUCGAAGUUUAUCGGUUAGAAUCAUCAAUUGCCUCAUCCUCUUCAAUGGUACCGACUCCUAUAUUACUCAAGAAUGAAAAGUUUUCAAAGACGAGGUUUGGUUUUGGAUCUGACCAAGUAUUUGGUCGUCGACAAUUUUUAAAAUUGUCUGAAAUAUAUCCUGAUCCAAACAGCAAGUUUGACUUGAUAGUUCGAGUGCGAAUAACGAAUGAAGAAAAUACUGCAAUUAUGGCUGCU